AUGUCACGGAGUCUACGCGUGCCUGCGCCCCUGGGGCUACAGCCUAUGCGCCCGGAGAACAGGGAGGAACUGGCUGGGUCUGCACAUCACCUGGACGAUAACCUUAGCCCUAACGCGAAGAACGUGCCCUGGGACACGCUUAGUACUCAUACUUCUGGUAGUGCCACCUCGUCGAGCCGUUUCGCGUCACACAGUGAUCUCUCAAUCCUCUCAUCAAAAUCUGUUCAUCUACCUGAUGACUCCAAACUCACUGCAAAUCAUGUUGAAAGUGACUCGGAGGACGACAAGGAAAGCAGAAGAGAUUUGAAAUUCUGGCGUUUUGCAACUAAGAAAAAAGCAGCCUCGCCUCGAAUUUUGUCUAAAAAAGCGAGCCAUGAGUCAGGGAACGCGCCAGUCGGCCUUAACGUACUAAAGAAGAAAUACAAGUCCACUUCCGAUAUGGCUCGAUUAGCACGCGCUCCACCCCCACCUUUGCCUGGAAAAAUGGGAAAUGAAAUACCACCUCCUGUUCCAGAGAAACCCAAUGGUCUUAUCGCUAUUUCACCUGUGCCCUUCACACCGAUUUCUCUCUUUCAAACAAUUCCUACCGACGUAAAUGCCGACGACGCCAUGAACGACGUUGCGGUUCCGUCCUCCGUCUCCAGAGACGCUAUGAUUUUGACGGCCAAUUUUUUUAACGACAACACCGCAGAACUACAGGCUUUACGCCGAAUUCCGUAUCAAACGAAGCCAGCGCUCUGGAAGCCUGACCCUUCUGUUUAUCUUGCUCCUCCAGCCUCCGCGCCCGUAAUUGGAUACUCUCAGGAGCUUCACUCACCGCUGGAAUGCAAGAAGAGUGUUACAACCCCCAAGUCCAACAGGCAUGCUCGCUGGUACGGAAAGGGCAAAUUUAAUUAUGACGCUUCGGACUCGUUCUUGGAUCUUUAGUCCUUUUGCCUGAAAACUCUGCGCUCUCCAUUAUUAUGUAGUAUUGAUUGUUAAUAGGCUUACGUCUGUCUGCUUUGUAGUCGCCAAUAACUGUACUCUAGUGGUACGUCGCGUCAGGGCGCGACUUCAAUUAAUAUUGUACCAGCG